AAUUAUUUAAGCCGAAAAGAGCAUCCGACUCGUGCUUGCUCUCUCUGUGGUUUUGGGUCUCUCUCACUCACAGGCACAGCAACAGCACCAUGGAAGGCGCAACGAUGUUACUGUUGUCGCCAAUAUCGAGCUGCAACGUGCGCAGUAAGCAUUUAAACUACUCACUCAGAAGGCGUAGCUGUUAUUCUUCUCCCAGGGCACUGAAAAUAGUGAGCAUGGCGAAGGAGGGAAGCGACACCGGCAACGGCGUGGUAGAAAAAGCAGCCAUAGCGGGUGGAUUGAUCUCAACCCCAGUAAUUGCUUGGUCUCUCUAUACUCUCAAAACAACAGGGUGCGGUCUUCCCCCAGGACCAGGUGGGUCAAUUGGAGCAUUGGAGGGUGUGAGCUACCUCGUGGUAGUGGGCAUAGUGGGUUGGAGCUUGUACACUAAAGCCAAAACCGGUUCGGGACUUCCCAACGGUCCUUUCGGGUUGUUGGGUGCCGUGGAAGGAUUCUCCUAUUUGGCAUUGGUUGCGAUUGUGGUCGUGUUCGGGUUGCAAUUCCUUGACAAGGGUUACAUCCCUGGUCCUCUCCCCGCCGAUCAGUGCUUUGGCUAGCUACCUUCUUCAUUCGCUUCUCUUGCUUUCGAUAAUGUAAUAAUAAUGUCAGCCACUACAAUUCUAUCCUGGAUGGAUAAGGUCGCACCGUCUUGUCUUAGGAUGUCAUUUUCCACUACCUCUGUUACUAAACAAAUUACUUUGCAUAAAAAAAAAACAAAUUACUAUGUUAAGGGAUGCUGGUUGAAUUGGUGAGCGAUUAUAAAUCCCCUCACACUUUUGAUUGAUUGCAUGAUAAAAAAAAAAAAAACUUAUUGCUAUUAUUUUUCCGUGUAAGAGUUCAGGCCAUUAAUGAAAAUUACUGUGUCAUAUCGUUUA